AUGUCCGACUACCCGGAGCCACCGUCGCACAUGGCCAUGCAUUCUCAAGGGGGUGCUUCCCCGGAUAAUAGGGCCGAGUUCCCCAUGCGGUCGCACCCUGCCGCCACCUCCACUGAGCCUGAAGAUCAUCAAGUGGAUCUCAAACGGUCUCGGGCUUGUGAGCCCUGUCGCCAGCUCAAGGUGCGAUGUGACCCGGACCUAAACAACCUUGAUGCACCAUGUAAGCGAUGCGCCAAAGCGCGUCGUACAUGUAUAGUGACGGCGCCGACUCGGAAACGCCAGAAAAAGACGGAUAGUCGGGUGACGGAGCUCGAGCGCAAGAUUGAUGCCCUAACUGCGACGCUACAGCAAUCACACAGUAAUGCAAUUGCCAUGGCGCCUCCAGCGCAGCAGUCACAAUAUUUUCGAGAAGAACAGCCUGCCUCAGGGCGAUGGCUCUCUGGAGAUUCUCACGUGGCGGGGAAUAAGCGCAGCCACGACGAGCUUUUGGCAUCGCAGUAUUCCCUUUCUGAUAGUCCACCUACAGAGCAAAUACACAAGCCUUCAGUCUCGAAAUGGCGUGGUCCUUUUGCUGGCGAGACUGCACCGCCGAAGGUUGAGGCUGCCAAUGAGUUUGCGGAUGUUGUCGAUAAAGGACUCAUUGACAUUGAAACGGCCAAUCUUGCUUUCGACCACUACGUCAACAAAAUGGCAGUAGAGAUGCCCAUGGUGGUGUUUCGUCCUGAAACAACAAUGGAAGACGUGCGCCGCGACAAACCUACUUUGUUUCUCUCAAUUAUUGCUACUGCGGUUGGCAAAUUCAACAAAGAUGCCCAGCUCCCACUUGUGACUGAGACUUACAAAGUAAUCGCGGAUCGCGUUAUUAUCAAGGGUGAGAAGUCUCUCGAGCUAAUCCAGGCAAUUUUGGUCUCCGCGAUCUGGUACUUGCCUCCAGAUAAUCUUGAAGAGCUCAAAUUUUAUCAGCUCAUCCAUAUGGCCGUGGUCUUGGCCAUGGACAUUGGCCUAAACCGCCGGCUUCAGGGAGACCUCAAGCCCUUUGCGCGUCUCAGAGAACUUCUGAUCAAAAAGCCCCAGGGCCCGAAUGUCGAUAUUCAAGGGCCCGAAGCGAGACGAACCUGGUUGGGAUGUUAUUUUAUGGCCGUUCAGGUGACCACUGCUUUGAGGAGAACCCAUCUUGUCAGAUGGCAUCCAUACAUGGAUGAUUGUCUUCAAGUACUGGAAACCCACCCCGACGCUUUGCCAUCUGACCGGCAAGUUAUCUGGUGGGCCAAACUUGGAUUUAUCAUGGAGGAGUCAGGAGUACAGCUAUUGAGCGAUGACCCUGAUUCUACGACCUCGUUUGCAGACAGCAAAACACGAUAUACAAUCAAGGCAUUUAACAAUCAGCUAACACAAUGGAAGAAGGAUAUCCCAGGGGAUCUCUUCACGAUUCCCUUGGCACAUACAUUCCACGUCGUCAAUCUUUUUGUGCAUGAAAGUGCCAUGAGUAUCGACUGCAAGGACAGUGUCAUACCCUAUACUCCGGAGAAUAGCGACUUGCCUGCCUCGGCUCUUGCACCGCUUAUCGAUGCUCUCACCACAUGCAUCAACGCAAUCCAUCAGAGCUUGGACGCCAUACUUUCAGUCGAGCCGCAGCGCCUUACAUGCCUGCCGACUGUGUCUUUGGCUCGAACAUCAUAUCCUGUUGUCAGCCUGAUCAAAAUCUACUCCCUCUUGACUGCGAGUGAAUCGCGCAUCGGCCAAGUCAUCGAUAUGCAAAGCCUGAAGCUCGAAUGGUACCUCGAAAAAGUCAUCAACCAUUACCGCACUGCCGCAGCUCUUGACGCAGGUCGGGCCCCAGCCAAAUUUGGAAACAUUAUCAUGAUGUUGCGGAACUGGUUUGUCAAGAAGAAGGAGAACGGACCAGCACUGCGCGAGAUCUUCGGAACCGAGAUGCGCUCAGACACACAAGACGACAAGCCAACACCGCAGCAAAACCAGAUGAAACAAGGCGCGACACCUCUCGAUCUUCUCAGCGAAGUCGCAACAGGGAAUCAAUCCAGUCGAGCUCAACUCAACGGCUCACUCAUGCAACGUCCCCCUUCCGGCCAGGGAUCACUUUACUCACCAGCGACCAUGACUCAAAACAUGUCCAACUCACCGACACCAGGAGGCACCACCUACGGCCCAGCGGAAGCACCGACAACAUCAUGGUCAACACCAUCCUUCACACCAUCCAUGUCUGGCCACACUGAUCCAAACAUGGGAAGUCGCGCUUACUACCAACCCUUCACACCCACAGAGCGCGGAGCACUCUACACAGUGCCGUCCACGAUGGGCGGUACAUACGUGGACAUGUCAGUAAACAUGCCCCUCGGCCAGAUGAGCAUGCAGACCGGACUAGGCGUGGAAGAAACAUUCGAUCCAGAUAACCUGUUCGCGUUAGGAAGCAUGAUGGACGAGGGAUUGUUUACGUUCCCCUCGGCAUUUGAUGGAAAUUUCUGGCUCUAG